GGCCCAGAGCUCUGGGCGACACACAAAAGUGCCAUUGUGGCUUUAGCUGCUUAGAAUACAACGGACCAGUUUGAUCACAUUUCCCUUCGUCCUACAAUACAUAAUGCAAACGGGAUUGUGGGUGUAUUAUUAACUUUGGUAUUGACAGACUGCAAAACAUCUGUCGCUCGCUUGAUACAACAAUACUGCCGUCACACAGCGGUCAUGUUUGCUUGGCAUGCUAUGCAAUCUUGAAUGCCAUUCAUUUAGCCUUGCAUGAGGAUACGUGGGACGACUGCAAAACGACUCGACUCUCAAAGAACCAAAAUGGAGCUUUUGAGUUUCUCUGAUUUGAAAUUCCGGUCAUGGUCUAGUUAGAAGUCCCUUCACAGAAUACCAUUUUACAUUCCAAUGUCAGUCACUCUCGAUCGACGGGUUUCAAAGACAAGCAUUACGUCAGGUCAGACAUCGCUUGGACAUGACGCAAUCCUCGAAAAGCUAAUCUACGCCAUGCUGCGACUUAGCGGAGACAGAUGCCAUCUCUACCUCCUUGCGAUCAUCUUCCCCUUCUUCAUCUACAGUUUUACAGUCUCCCUAAAUGGAGGGCGCCCCCCUCAUUUCAUCCAUCAAGAGAACUCACAACUCAUGCGCGAGAUACUCCAUAAAGAAUUGCUCAUUGACCAGUCAAAGAGACAACUGUAUGACUCUGAACGCCCGGUUCCAAAAAUCGUCCAUUUCACAUGGGGAGGGAAGAGCCCGAUGAGAUUCCAUCAGAUGGUUUGCUUCCUGAGUGCCUAUCAUGUGUUGCGGCCCAAGAAAAUCAUCGUUUGGUACUCUAUGUAUUAUCCGACAGGAAAAUGGUGGGAGUUCAUCAAGAAGAACAUAACAAACUUCCAGCAUGUCGUUAAUUUGAGAAAAAAGGUGGACCCAGACUCCAUCUUUGGUCGGGCGGUGCACGUUCCGGAACACAAAUCCGAUAUCACCCGACUUCAAGUACUAUUAGAAACAGGCGGCAUAUAUUUAGAUUUGGACGUUUUGGUUCUCCGUCCGUUUGAUGCCCUCCUCUCCUAUGAAACCACCAUGGGGUUAGAAAAUGAUUAUGGAUUAUGCAAUGGUAUCAUUAUAGCGAAGCGAAAUGCUACUUUCCUGCGCCUUUGGUGGGAGGAAUAUAAAACAUUUAAUGACCAGCAGUGGUCCGUACAUUCUGUCCGACUUCCCUGUCUAUUAUCAAAGACCUACCCUUGGAUGAUACACAUUGAGGCCGAUACGCUCAAUAGACCAAACUGGCAUGAACUGGAUUACUUGUAUGGUAUUAAAAAAUACAACUGGAGGAAAAACUAUGCUAUACAUUUAUGGUUUAGGAAAUAUGGUGUGGAACAUGACUUAGAAUCCAUAAAGAAAGUGGAUUCAACUUUUGGUCAGAUUUUCAGAUAUAUUCUAUACGGUCAUCCUCGCAUAAUUUAGUUGCCAAUUGGUAUGUCUUCCCUUAUUCUUUAAAUCUAGCCCAACCCAAAGUAGAGUCAACCCGAAGCAGAGCACUCGGAUAUGUUUGCAAUAGUGCACAAACAAAGUGAGGCCAUUAUUCUCUUCCUGGUGCUCUUCGAGUGAAAGCUUAGAGAGAAUUGAAGCAAUCUAAAAGCGAAAGCGAAAAGGAAUACGACUCGAUCACUAUUAGAGUUGGCAUUACCAACAUGGCCAAAGUUCUUACCCAAAACAUGGAUGUAAAAAGAUUUUUAGGAUCGGUCAACGCCAGCAUGUCGCUCUAAAUAUCUUCGGUCUGUAGUCAAGUUGGUCUCGAACAACAUUCUAAUAAUCAAUAUUAUAUUUAGUUUGCAGACUUUGAUGCUGUAACUUAAUUAACUUGAUUUGAAAUUUCAUUAGCAUUAUUAUUAGUAUUAUUUUGUGUUAGGGUAUUUUAUCUCUAUUUUAGCACACGUUCGUCGGCAGGUCGAUGUUGCGUAUACGUUUAGAGAGCUAUGCACUACAAAACCUACCUAUGGAGCCAACCUUGUCCGUGAAGCGCAGAUGCAGUCUGGUUUCCAGGGUGAUGUUCCGUAUGGAGAUACACUGGGCAAUGCAUGUGAAAAUGAACAAACCUUGAGCAGGAACUUGCCGCUUACAUCAAUACUAAUAAGAAACAUUUGAAUUAAGGGUUGACAACAGGUACCGCAAUUUUGGUGAGAACUUGAAAUCCUAAUUAAAGCAAUUAGAACUCUUUCAAAACGUAGUGAAUUAUAAUUUCAAGGGCCGGAGUCUGGUCUUUGUUUUCCAGAGAACGGCCUCCCAUGUUUCAAAUGAGCAUUCAAUUCAUUUGGAAAGAGGUUUAAUUGCUUUAGGAUUUGGAGGUCUAGCCAAAAUGACGGCACCUAUGGCAAACCCUUGAUUCCUUCUCCUUUUGGGAUAUUUCGUCGAUGAUUUCACGUAGUGGCCAAUCGGCAAGUUUUUCAUUUUGAGAAAACUCUGCGUUUCUGUGUUAGUUUUAAUCACUCUGGAUUGAACGCACUGUCCUAUAUUUUAUUAUGAAAACCGCUGUGUACAAGGUACAAAGACAUAGAUUCGAUUGUACGAGACAUGGUUCCGGUUUAGCACAAAAUGCAUCAGUAAGAUUGACAUAAUCAAGGAUUCCCGUAAAUCCGCUGUUAUCAUCCUACUAUUCCGACCCAACCUACUGAGGGUAUAUAUUCAAGAUCAUCCAGGCCUAACAUUAUGAAGAUUGACUCAAUAUUUGGAAUCCAUAAAGAAAGUGGAUUGACUCAACUUAGAAUCCAUAAAGAAAGUGGAUUCAACUUUUGGUCAGAUUUUCAGAUAUAUUCUAUACGGUCAUCCUCGCAUAAUUUAGUUGCCAAUUGGUAUGUCUUCCCUUAUUCUUUAAAUCUAGCCCAACCCAAAGUAGAGUCAACCCGAAGCAGAGCACUCGGAUAUGUUUGCAAUAGUGCACAAACAAAGUGAGGCCAUUAUUCUCUUCCUGGUGCUCUUCGAGUGAAAGCUUAGAGAGAAUUGAAGCAAUCUAAAAGCGAAAGCGAAAAGGAAUACGACUCGAUCACUAUUAGAGUUGGCAUUACCAACAUGGCCAAAGUUCUUACCCAAAACAUGGAUGUAAAAAGAUUUUUAGGAUCGGUCAACGCCAGCAUGUCGCUCUAAAUAUCUUCGGUCUGUAGUCAAGUUGGUCUCGAACAACAUUCUAAUAAUCAAUAUUAUAUUUAGUUUGCAGACUUUGAUGCUGUAACUUAAUUAACUUGAUUUGAAAUUUCAUUAGCAUUAUUAUUAGUAUUAUUUUGUGUUAGGGUAUUUUAUCUCUAUUUUAGCACACGUUCGUCGGCAGGUCGAUGUUGCGUAUACGUUUAGAGAGCUAUGCACUACAAAACCUACCUAUGGAGCCAACCUUGUCCGUGAAGCGCAGAUGCAGUCUGGUUUCCAGGGUGAUGUUCCGUAUGGAGAUACACUGGGCAAUGCAUGUGAAAAUGAACAAACCUUGAGCAGGAACUUGCCGCUUACAUCAAUACUAAUAAGAAACAUUUGAAUUAAGGGUUGACAACAGGUACCGCAAUUUUGGUGAGAACUUGAAAUCCUAAUUAAAGCAAUUAGAACUCUUUCAAAACGUAGUGAAUUAUAAUUUCAAGGGCCGGGGUCUGGUCUUUGUUUUCCAGAGAACGGCCUCCCAUGUUUCAAAUGAGCAUUCAAUUCAUUUGGAAAGAGGUUUAAUUGCUUUAGGAUUUGGAGGUCUAGCCAAAAUGACGGCACCUAUGGCAAACCCUUGAUUCCUUCUCCUUUUGGGAUAUUUCGUCGAUGAUUUCACGUAGUGGCCAAUCGGCAAGUUUUUCAUUUUGAGAAAACUCUGCGUUUCUGUGUUAGUUUUAAUCACUCUGGAUUGAACGCACUGUCCUAUAUUUUAUUAUGAAAACCGCUGUGUACAAGGUACAAAGACAUAGAUUCGAUUGUACGAGACAUGGUUCCGGUUUAGCACAAAAUGCAUCAGUAAGAUUGACAUAAUCAAGGAUUCCCGUAAAUCCGCUGUUAUCAUCCUACUAUUCCGACCCAACCUACUGAGGGUAUAUAUUCAAGAUCAUCCAGGCCUAACAUUAUGAAGAUUGACUCAAUAUGAACUGAAAAAUAGGACAGUUAUGCAGAUUUUUAAGUCCCUUUCCUCCUUGAAAUACAAAUAUCUAGGAUCUUAUUGCGACAAAAAAAGAAAUUUCAUGGUAUGCAGUUUAUUUACCAUCUCAAAAACCUGUACACACAAUUUCGUCACCCGAACUUGCUGAUAUCGACUGCUAUCCGGUCGCAAAUAUUGUUUGUUUAUUUUUGUACGCAGCAAUAUAAUUAUGAAUGCUAUAUAUGUUUAAGCUUUAUGUACGGGGCGCUGUUUUUGUACGCGGCAUAUUGUCAGUAAAUAAAGAUCUCCUGGUGCAGAAUA